GCAACUCUUAGGCUCUGCCUUUUUCACAUUUGUCUUAUUUCCACUUCUUUUCUUUCGCUUUGCUCCACUAAAAUUUUUUUUUAAAGUUUUAGUUUGAGGAUGAAGAAGAUGGAGAGAAUCUAAGAGUCGAGAGUAACAAAUCUUGUAACAGUUUUUGUUUAUUUCCUGAAGAUGGCAGCAAUGGCUGGAGGAACAUUUGGAGUCACCAACUCUCGUAUCUCUAUAACCACACCAACUCUUUCUUCCUCUUCUCUGUUUCCACCAUUAACAUUGCCACCAGGUAACAAAAAGGAUAACCAGUUGCGUUGUGCCGUGCAAGAAUCUUCUACUUCUGCUGUUGCUACCGAGAAGAAAGACAAAGAAGAAAAAGACUCAACAGUGGAGGUUCCGGCAAAGAAACCGAAACCCGCAGCUGCGAAAGCAGCAGUGGUGAAACCGCUAAGAGAGAUGAUGGAUGAAGACGUAAUUCCUCCAUUAAAAGCAAUUCUUGAAGCUCAAGAUGAUAUCUCUGACCUUGAAUUAUCUUUCCAAGACGAUAAGCUGGAGGGUUAUUUCUUGAAGAAAGGUAUUCAAUAUUCCUUCUGGGCCUUCUUCCCCACUGGAAACCUCACAGGAGCAAAGGGGUUUUCAAUUUCCUCAUACGGGUCAGGUCCAAGCACAGUAGAGCCAUUUCUGGUCGAUGAGAGGAAACCAACUGCGAACCACGUUGUGUUCUGGGUCGAGAAGCGCCUCGCUGCACAAGGGAUUAUUCCGGUUUGGAACCAAUGAUGUUAAGAAUCUCACAUCGGAAAUGAGUCGGAACCUUGAAUGAUACCUAAGAAAUUUGGACUGAUCAUCCACUCAUGAGGUUUUCUUAUUCAUUUGUUUAUAAUAAAACAAUUACAUUUGUAUACCAAAAUUAAAGAAAAGCCCUUCAUUUAUGCUAAUCUAUUUUCACU